GUAAAUGAAAAUUGCCACAAUGUGUCAUAGGCCUAAAUACUGCAUCUCGUCAUGGAAGUGCCGGCUUCUAGAACGGUGAUCUAUCGAUGAUUCUAGUCUGUCCGUACAAUGGCAUGGGUAGGCCUACGUAGGUCAAGUGCAGUGAACCGCACCGUCUGUUGACAGUAUAUAGACGGUGGUGUAUUCAUUAGGCCUGCCUGGACAAGGUGCUGUUCCCUGAACAUGCCGCGCAAUAUGGGACCUCACUUCUUAACACAGACAUGUGAUGAUACCUUGAUUUAUAACAAAUUAUAAGUCUUAACCAUUACCAUACCAGAAAGUGCAGGAAUUCAUAAAAACGGAGUUGAAAUUUUGGAACGGCGAAGUGGUGGCACAGAAGGAAACCCGUUUGUGUGUUGAUUGUGACCACACACGUGCACAUUUACGUGGUUAUUUAUAGCUAAGCGCACGCGCGUACCAACACCCAGUGUCAUCAUGGUGAACAUUGAAGAGUUUUGCGGGAAAGACGGUGGAGCUAUAUGGGAUGAUAAUUUGUUGUUCAACAGUUCGUACCCAAGAUUUACGGAGUGUUCCCAGAAUACUCUGCUGGUUUGGGUACCAUGUGGGUUCCUGUGGGUGACUCUCCCGUUCUACCUGUAUGGUCUGUGUACAUCAAACGGUGUGCCCCUCCCUCUGUCUAGUCUCAACAUCACAAAAUCUUUCCUGAGUCUGGUGCUGUUCUUCCUCACAGCUGUACAGAUGAUUAAAGAGGCUAGUGACAAGACAGACAAUGGUAAAGAGGUGUCGACUGCGCUCUUCCUGGCCGGUUCUAUAAAAGUGGCCUCAUUUGCACUGACAGCCCUGUUGAUUCAGUUCGAGAAAAGGAGUGGUUUUAUCACAUCAGGCAUUCUGUUUCUGUACUGGUUAAUGAUGACCAUUGCUGGGAUAGUACCAUUCUACAGUAAAAUCAUACAAAAGGAGUACGAGGACGAUCUGUUCACCUUUAUUAUGUUCUACGUGUACUGGGCAGCCCUAUUAUUACAGCUGAUUCUUCACUGUAUCGCUGAAAAAGUCACACGCCGGGGUUACCAACCACUUGGACAGAAGCCAUGCCCAGAGAUCUCCACCUCCUUCCUUAGUAGAUUAGUAUUUUGGUGGAUGAAUUCACUGGUAUUGUCAGGGUACAAGAAAGACUUACAAGAGGAUGAUAUCUGGGACUUGAAUCCACGCGAUGCAAAUACCAGUGUCAACCCGAAGUUCUCAAAAGCCUGGAAGGCAGAGCUUGAAAAAUGGAAGAUGAGAGAAAAUACCAGUGUGACUUUUAACCGAGAACCCCGUGACAUACAGGAAGACCGACGCACCUCAGAAAAAACACCACUGCUACGACAAAGGGCGGGAACAUCAGAGGUGGAAUUCCGUGGAACUAAAGUGGAAAAACAGAAAAGCAAAGCUUCGUUGUUUAGGGUGUUGGUUAGAGUAUAUGGGUUUGACUUCCUCAGGGCGUGGGGAUGUAAGUUCCUCUACGACCUCAUGCAGUUUGUCAGUCCCACUCUGUUGGGUGUGUUAAUAGCCUACACACAGAACAAGGAACAUGAACAGGAAUGGAAAGGCUACGUCUACGCUGCCUCCUUCUUUGUUGUCGCUACCAUCCAAUCGCUGUGCUUCCAUCAGAACUUCCAUAUCGGCAUGACAACCGGAAUGCGGAUAAGAUCAGCACUCAUUACAGCUGUUUAUAAGAAGUCCAUCUGUAUGAACAGCGAGGCUAAGAAACAGAAGACGGUGGGAGAGAUUGUUAACCUCAUGUCUGUGGAUUGUCAGCGCAUGCAGGACCUCUCCGGCUACUUGUGGAUGUUGUGGUCAGCUCCUGUCCAGAUCAUUCUGGCCAUGACGCUUUUGUGGAAUCAACUUGGACCCGCUGUUUUGGCAGGUUUGGGUGUCAUGAUCCUCCUCAUUCCGCUCAACAUGUUUAUCUCCAUAAAACAGCGAAAACUUCAGGUGAACCUCAUGAAAGUUAAAGACAAGCGUCUCAAACUGAUGAGUGAAGUCCUUAAUGGGAUGAAGGUCCUGAAGCUUUAUGCCUGGGAACCAUCAUUCCAGGAAAAAAUUUUGGAACUGCGAAAUGAAGAAUUGGACAUCCUUAAGAAAUAUGCAUACCUUCAGGCCUUUAGUACCUUUUCCUUUACCUGUGCACCCUUUUUGGUGACCUUAGCAACAUUUGCAACAUACAUUUUGACAUCUGACGCCCACUACCUAGAUGCUGGCAAGGCAUUUGUUUCCUUAUCACUCUUUAACAUUUUACGAUUUCCCAUCAACCUCCUCCCCAUGAUGGUCUCCUACAUCGUACAGGCAAAUGUGUCCAUUGGUAGAAUUGCUGAUUUCCUGAAGAUGGGUGAUCUGGACCCUGAGAAUGUACAACACAAUAGAACAGAUCCUGAUGCAAUUACUAUAAAGAGUGGAACUUUCAGCUGGGACGACAAACUACAACCAGCCUUAAGGGGCAUUGACGUCUCUGUUGGUGUGGGCAAGUUGGUUGCGGUAGUCGGACAGGUCGGUUCCGGCAAAUCCUCACUAGUGUCUUCCAUUCUUGGAGACAUGGAAAAGCUCCAGGGACAUGUUAAUGUCAAGGGUUCUGUAGCAUAUGUCCCGCAGCAAGCUUGGAUACAGAAUGCAACAGUGCAGGACAACAUCCUGUUUGGUUCGGAAAUGAACCAGUGUACAUACGACGAUGUCCUUGAUGCGUGUGCCCUUCGUCCUGAUCUUGAGAUCCUUACGGCAGGAGACAUGACGGAGAUUGGAGAAAAGGGUAUAAACCUGAGUGGUGGUCAGAAACAGAGAGUGAGCCUGGCCAGGGCUGUAUACAACAACGCAGAUAUCUACCUACUAGACGACCCACUCAGUGCUGUAGACUCCCACGUCGGCAAACAUAUUUUCCAGGAAGUUAUCGGAAGCAAGGGAUUACUGCGAAAUAAGACGCGACUUCUGGUGACACACGGCAUCCACUGGCUACCCAUGGUGGACUCAAUCGUGGUACUGGUCGACGGCCACGUGUCCGAGAUGGGGUCGUACGAAGAACUGCUUGACCACGACGGUGCUUUUGCUCAAUUCCUCAAGAUAUAUCUCACGCAGGACAACAACGAUGAAGUUGACGAUGAAGAUCCUGAAAUUCAAGAAGUGAAAAAUAAGAUCCUACAGAGGCUCGAAUCGGUGACCUCUGAUACGGGAACGACGUCUGGAGACGAGUCCACGGUCAGGUCAAGAAAAAGGAAAACCUCUGAGAGCAAACCUAAAUUAGCUAGGUCAAUCUCCACCGCAGUGGAUAGAAAAUGUGACAAGAAACCGGACAAAAUCACCAAGGAAAAAGAUGUGUUGAUCCAAGAGGAAAAGAAAGAAGAGGGAGCUGUCAAACGUCAAAUUUUCAUGAAAUACGCCCGUGCCAUCGGACUUAUCGCCACGAUAUUCAUCUUGAUCUUGUUCAUCGCGUACCAGGGUGUUAGUUUGACCUCUAACAUCUGGCUGAGUCUUUGGACGGAUGACAAAGAUCUUGCAAACCAGACCAAUGCCAAUACGACCGAGUACCAGAACAAGAAUUAUAUGUAUCUUGGAGGAUACGCUGCAUUCGGUAUUGGACAAGCACUCCUGGUCAUGGCGUACUCCCUACUAGCAUCAUUGUGUCAAGUCAGAGCGGCUGGAAAACUUCACCUGGGCAUGCUAGAAAACAUAAUGAAGGGACCAAUGUCGUUCUUCGACACGACUCCUAUUGGACGAAUUGUGAACAGAUUUUCCCGUGACGUUGAGACAAUAGACUCUCUUCUACCAGGCGUCAUAAGAAUGUUUAUACAGAUGUUUUUUGGGACGUUGGGUACUUUUAUCGUCAUCACGUACAGUACUCCGAUCUUCCUCAGCGUUAUCAUACCACUUUUUGUCGUAUAUUACCUGUCACAGCGUUUCUAUGUACCAACAUCUAGACAGUUACAGAGAAUUGAGUCUACAACUCGCUCACCCAUAUACAAUCACUUCAGUGAGACUAUUGCUGGAGCAGCUACCAUCCGAGCGUACGGGCAACAGGACAGAUUUAUAGAGACGUCUGUUCAGCGUGUCGAUAAAAACAUACUGUUUUACUUCACCAGGAUAUCGUCCAAUAGGUGGUUAGGAACUCGACUGGAGUUUGUGGGCAAUCUGAUCGUGUUUGCAGCGGCCCUGUUUGCUGUUCUCUCCAAUGAUGUCAGUAGCGGAACAGUUGGCCUCUCUGUAUCCUAUGCUCUAUCGAUCACGUCAGCCUUAAACCUGUUAGUACAGCAGGCCAGUAACCUGGAAACAAACAUCGUGUCGGUGGAGCGUGUCCAGGAGUACGCCGAAAUACAAACAGAGGCACCCUGGGUAAUGCCCUUCAGACGACCUCCACACGACUGGCCCCAAGUUGGUCAUGUUAGUUUCAAUGACUACAAAACACGGUACCGAGAGGGCCUUGACCUUGUAUUGAGGGGCGUAACCUGUGAAAUUCAGGGCGGAGAAAAGGUUGGUAUUGUAGGUAGGACAGGUGCCGGUAAGUCAUCCCUAACCGUCGCUUUGUUUCGCCUGAUCGAACCCGCUGGUGGAUCCAUUGUCAUAGAUGGUCAGAGUAUCGCCAACAUGGGACUCCAUGAUCUCCGGUCAAAACUGACCAUCCUCCCACAGGACCCUGUUUUGUUCUCUGGUUCCCUGAGGAUGAACCUUGACCCCUUCAAUAUAUACCAAGACAACCAGCUUUGGAAGGCCAUCGAGCAUGCUCACUUGAAGAAGUUUGUGUCUGAACUUCCUGAUGGUUUGAUGCAUGAAUGUGGGGAAGGGGGAGAAAACCUGAGCGUUGGGCAGCGACAAUUGGUGUGUCUAGCCAGGACGCUGCUGAGGAAAACUAAGAUUCUCAUCCUUGACGAGGCUACGGCUGCUGUUGACAUGGAAACAGACGAUCUGAUACAGAACACAAUUAGGACGGAGUUUAAGGACUGUACAAUUCUCACCAUCGCCCACAGGCUUAACACUAUCAUGGACUAUGACAAGGUCAUGUUAUUAGAUCAAGGACUCAUCAAAGAAUUUGACAGCCCAAAUAACUUACUGAAAGACAAAUCUUCAGCAUUUUACAGCAUGGCGAAGGACGCCAACCUUGUUUAGUGCUAUGUGUCAAACACGUAGUCAAUAACACUCAAUCACAUACUGUAUAGUCCCACACUCAGAUGAUCCAGUAGGAAUGGCCAGAAGAUUUCACUGCAACCAACUUGUCAGCAUAUACAAAAAAUCUUGAAAAAAAUAUAUUUUAUGAAUAUUUUUCCCUCCGUACCGUAACAUGCAUGGAUUGAUAUUAAUUAUGAAGCAUUGAUGUUCUCUGUGUAAAUGUCGUGACAUAUGAUAAUUGAGAAUUUGAAGAGACUACUGUAUUGUGAUAACUGUGAUAUAUAUAAAAAUGUAGGUAUGUAUGGCUUAAUAUGACUGACCAAGGUAAACAUGUCCCGACUACUGAUAAGGGUUCUCAAAGUUAAUGAUUUUUCUUUAUAAGAUACACAAACAAAAUAGUUUGACCUACCUACCACUUAACCUACCCAAACUUAAAAUCCUCAGUCAGGUUACGUCAAAAAAGUAAAAGUUUAAUGGUGGCCUAGAAUAAUUCAAGGCGAAAAUUAAUGAGAAAGUUUCCUAAGAGAUGAACCAACCCGUUAAUAUGGUGAUGUGUUACGAAAAAAAGAUGCAUGUUAUUUGGUUAGCUGAUCAAUUAGGCUUGAGUUGUGCUACAUCCCAUAAUAGGUAUACUUGCUACAGGAGCAGAAAAGUAGCAACAUUUACAACAUAUACCUUUUUAGUACAUUAAUCCAAUCUGGUCAUUAAAUAUAUGUUAGCUAAAACUCUGGCCAACAUUGACGCAAUUGUCUCCAAGGUACUAUUAUUACAGUUUGGCGUUUUCUUGCUGGCUCUCUGUGUCACUGGGCGAAAUGUUAAAAUUGCAUCAUACAUGUGUAUAUUGCAAUAUGGCACUUUCUGUCAGGCUUUGUUGUUUGCUGGGCGUCAUUCAACAAUAUAAUCAACUACAUGUAUAUUCCAUAUCUCCAAGCAAUGUAUUGCAGUAUGGUGUUUUCUGGGUUGGUCGCUCGGCGUCACCCAACAACACGUUCCUAUAUUCUCCCUAUCUCACACCUAUAUAUUACUUUUUCUUGCUUAUUUACGUAAUUGUAAGAUAUUUAAAUUGUGAUAUAUACAUUUUGUGUAAAUUCAAUGUGAUCAAUGUUUGUGUUUGGUAAUGGGUGAAAUGAUUGUUGUCUUUUUGCCUAUAAGGAAACCAAUAAGGAGUUCUUAUCCAAUAUUUUGUUAAAUCACAAUACUUUAGGUUAUAUGUUACCUUCCUGCAUAGUUCUGAAUUAUUCAUAAUAACGUUAAUUGCAAUUUUUUUGUAGAUAAGUCUUAAUAUAGAUCACAGGUUUGUUUUGUAAGGAAGUAUAUUAGCGAUUCAGUAGAUUAUAUAUUUUCAGUUUGUGUUGUAUACAGUACAUAUGUGAUACAUUAAACAUUAUAUAAAUUAGAUAAUAUAUAUCCCAGCUUUGCUUUCUGCUCUCCUAAAUUAUUUUCGUCGCACAUUAAAGUACUCUUUAAUAGUUCUCAGGGCAUUUCUUUGUGGGGAUCAAGGGGUAUCUACAGCCAUUGCUGAUAACGUUAUGUACAUUACAAUUUGGACUAUGUGAUAUAAAUGACAUUGUACAUUACAAUAGACUGGUACGCUCUCUAUUAAAGGUAUUUAAAGUACAUUUUUAGGGGAGGGUAUACCAAGUGUAUGAACAGUUAGAUCGUUCCUACCAAACCUACAUACAAGGCCUGACCACUCUCAAAUAAUUUGUAGCAGAGACGUAUAAACUACAUGGCUUUAUAUGUCUCUGGUUUUAGGGAAUGGGGGAAGUAUAUUCUCUCAUUUCCCUGUGUGUAAGAUAGAGCUGUCCAGGGUAAGAAAGGGGUGUAGGAAAUUUCUUUCCUACACCCAAUUUCACUUGACGUGACGUCACAAUUAAUGGCUCAACAAUGACGUGACGUCACAAAUUUGGAACUCUCUGAUGCCGCAAUGCGGA